AUGUCUGGGUGUGUUGUUCGGGCAGUGGGAUGGAACGUUGGCGCCGAGGAGCGGUUUCUGGGAGUCUCACCGACGGGAGAGACAGUGGCCAUUUACCAGACCAAUAAGGAUGCCGAAUCCGCCGAGGACGAGAUAAAAAAGGUCUAUGAUAGAGGAGGGUUUGAUACCAUCCAGUGUUUGCAAUAUUCCAAGGAGACGCCAGGACUUACAGGAAUUGGCCAAUUGGACGGGUCUGCGCACGUUUUCGAUAUCACUAUGCCGCAGAGCUCGGUUGUGACACUGAAACCGCGCCAGUCUCGGUCCUGUAAUGCUAUAUCGUUUGGAGAGAACGGCCUGGUGGCUUUGGGCUACGAUCGGGGCCGUCAGGAUCAUUCUGUGCAAAUCUGGGAUCUCCAGAGCUAUUCCAGAACAGGAAAGAAUGACGUUGGACAGCCUAUCAAUUCGUUUGUGCCGAACGAGAGUGUCUCGUCGCUCAGUUUCUGUGGAAACAACAAUAUCAUUUCUGGCAGUUACAAGCUGCUACGGGAGUUUGAUGUUCGGUCAAACCAGCCUGUUUACCAGCUCGGAACCAAAUGCACGCUUCAUGUGAACGUUGAUCCAUUCAACCCCCACUUUUUCGCUUCUGCCAGCGAGGACGGCUCGUUGGCCAUUUGGGACCGCAGAAAGCUGGGCGAAAUGUCGCAGGUCCCGCAGAUCCAAGGCAUGGGGUCCAUAAACGAGGGUCCAUUGUUGAUGUUCAACAAGCUGUUGAGUGACCAGCGCAAGUCGGGCGGCUCUCCGUACAGAUACUCCACUGUAAACCAGGGCGAGCUGGGAGCACUAUUUGACGGAGAUCUUGUCAGAAGAUGGAAGAUUGGACUGGUUCCGCCAUUGGAGUCGGAGGUUGCACGUUUCGAGAGCAUGGUGGCAAGAAGUCGAUCUGAGGGAACGUUGGUUGCAGCCGUUGCCAAACCGUCCGACUCUUUGUUCAUUUCGCGUGUGAACGAUGUGCGUACCAAGUACGAGCGUGUGAUAUCGUUUGAUUACAGUCCAAGCUUGGACUCACCCCAGGGAAUCGAUCUCGUUUGUAUGAGACAAUCUGGAAGUCUCUACAUGAUGAAUGUUGUGGAGAGUUUCACCAGCACAGAUUUUGACUCUUUCAACGAUCUCACCUUCAGUGGUCCGCAGGGCACAUGUUCGAAAAUGGUGCAAGACAUUGUUGACGAGGAGCCCCAAGUGAGACGAAACUCGAAGGACAAGUCGGUGGACUCGCCGGAUUCGUCUGAAUCUACCAGCGAAGACCAGAGCGACAAGGAUGACGAGCCCGAGGACGAAGAUGACGACGAGUCGCCGUUCGAGGAUAUCAGAGACAGUAUGGGACUCAAGUCAGAAACACUCUUGGAGAACGACAUCUGUUCCACUAUCAGACGACGCGCGUUGCUGAACUAUGGGGCCGACGCAGACAGUAACAUCACCAUUUUGGAGAAUAUGAGCUGGCUGGAGACCACUUUACAGCUAAGGAACGCCUGGAAGUGGAUCUCGAUCUCGUACGACCUUGUUUCGUCGGGAAAGAUGAUCUCUGGAAACUUCGACUUUGGAUAUCUGGGAAUUCUGGGUAUCUGGCACAUGGAGGAAGGCUUUUCAGAACAAAACAGAUACAACGGCACUGGCAAUUUCACUUCCAAAGAGUUGUUCACUGCUGCUAAAAACAUGAUUAACAGACGGAACCUAGAAACAAAGACACUGGCUGCUCCAUUAAUUGGGUUUGAGGGAGGAAACCGCAAAGAGAUCCACAGACGACUGGCGAUGCACGUGAUCGGCUGGGACUUUAGUGCGUCAGAGCUGGAAAACAAGUAUGAGAGUCUGAUUGCCAAAGAGCACUACGAGCGCGCGGCUGGCUGGGCCGUUUUCCACGGCGAUAUUGGCCGUGCCAUAGAGAUCCUUGGAAGCUCCAAAAAGGAAUCGUAUCGGAUCAUGUCGACAGCCAUUGCCGGAUACUUUGCAUUCAAGGACUCGCAAAUGAACACAACAUGGAAAGACCAGUGCCGCAAACUGGCUUCCGACCUCGAAGACCCGUAUUUGCGGGUGAUUUUUGCAUACGUUGCCGAUGGUAAUUGGUGGGACGUGUUGGACGACACGUUUUUGCCUUUGAGAGAGAAACUAGGAGUUGCACUUCGGUUUCUUCCAGAUAAUGAGCUGGACAUUUACCUCACCAGACUCGCUGAAAGUGUGAUUAAUCGGGGAGAGAUUGAAGGAAUAAUAUUAACAGGUGUCACAGCUAAAGGAAUUGAUUUGUUGCAAUCUUUUGUCGACCGGACGAGCGACGUCCAAAGCGCCUGUCUGAUUGCAUCAUACGGCUGUCCGAAAUACUUCAAUGAUCAGCGAGUGGAAGAUUGGGUGGAAAGCUACAGAUACUUGCUCAACAGCUGGAACUUGUUCCAUGUUCGUGCUAAAUUCGACGUGGCAAGGACGAAACUGUCUAAACGGAUGAAUGGCCAGGUACAGACGAAGCCUGUUGCUCGCCAGGUGUUUUUGCAAUGCACCAACUGUCAUAAGAACAUUUCACAGAAAAGAAAACCUGUUCCGAAUUUCAAAAGCGGAAUGGCAUUACAAAAGGAGUUACCGCUUCACACAUGUCCCCACUGUGGGCAUCCCUUACCUCGAUGCGCUAUCUGUCUGAUUACUCAGGGAAUAGCCAUCCCUAAGGAGGUUACCAGAGUCGACAAUGGCACCGCUAACGAUAACCUCACACUGGAGACCCAGUUCAAAGAGUGGUUCAGUUUUUGUUUGUCAUGCAACCACGGAAUGCAUGCGGGCCACGCCGAGGAGUGGUUCUCGAAGCAUUUCGUGUGCCCAGUACCCGAAUGCGACUGUCGUUGCAACAGUAAGUGA